UGUGCUGGCAUGAACCUGUAAUCCCAGCUACUCAGGAGGUGGAGGUGGGAGGAUCACUUGAGCCUAGGAGGUCAAGGAUGCACUGAGUCGUGAUCGUGCCACUGCACUCCAGCCUGAGUGACAGAGCAAGAACUUGAAGAAAAAAAAGAAAAGAAAAAGAAAACCAAAACAAAACAACAACAACAACAACAAACAGCAGGUGCAAAGAUCCAGAGAUUAGAAAGAUUAUGGAGUUUUCAAAGAAUAGCAAGAAUGAGCCAGAAUGGCUGGAGCUGAGAGACUGGUAUAAGCUGGAACUGAGAGAGUCAGGCAGGUGCCAGGCCACAGGAGCUAUGUGAAGGAUUUGAGUCUUUAUCCUAAUGAUGGCAGCAAAUACUCACGUGCCAGACACUGCUCUAAAUGCCUUCCAUAUGUUAUCGCAUGUAAUCCUUCCAGCAACAUUAAGGUAGGGACGAUUUUUAUCCCCAUUUUACAGAUGAGAAAACUGAGGCACAGGAAGUCUCAGAAAUAUACCAGGAUCAUGUAAUUAAUAAAUAAUAGAACCAGAAUUUAAACCUAGGCAGUCUAGUUCCAACAUCCACACUCAUCCAUCACACCAUACUGCCCUUCAGAGCAAUAAUGUGCCAUCGAAGUGCUACGACGGAGAUGGGGUAGCAGAAUCAGAUCUGAAUUGCGAAAAGAUUGCUGUGGCUAUGGGUUCUUAUCACUCUAAUCACUGCUUGCACCAUCCUUGGGGAGGGCACUGGGGAGUUAACAGUCUCCAUCUGGUGGUGUGCUGCUGCUGGCUUGCAAAAACUAACUGCACAUCUCUUCCCAACUCCCUGAUCAAUGAUGUCACAUCAAUAGGCUGAAAUCAGCUACGGUGAGAGCAUUUACGCCACGGAAAGGCACACACUACAAACCAGGGUCUGCUUUUCUCUGCCAAGCUAGCUGAUAAACAGUUACCAGCACAUCACUAUCUGUGUCUCACCCCCGUAGCCUCUCGAAGUCUCCGUCCACAUCCUUCCAUUUCCAGCCCCCAUGUCUUGAAGGGUGAGACAAGAAGGUGAGGGCCCUGAGUCUAGGAGUACAAAGGCCUAGAUUAUAGCCCAGCUCUGCUAGGCAGAGGAGUCGUUCCUGGCCCAUUCUGUUCCACCCCAGGUCUGGAGGAGUGCGGGCACAUCAGUGUGUCAGCCCCCAUCGUCCACCUGGGGGAUCCCAUCACAGCCUCCUGCAUCAUCAAGCAGAACUGCAGCCAUCUGGACCCGGAGCCACAGAUUCUGUGGAGACUGGGAGCAGAGCUUCAGCCCGGGGGCAGGCAGCAGCGUCUGUCUGAUGGGACCCAGGAAUCUACCAUCACCCUGCCCCACUUCAACCACACUCAGGCCUUUCUCUCCUGCUGCCUUAACUGGGGCAACAGCCUGCAGAUCCUGGACCGGGUUGAGCUGCGCGCAGGCUACCCUCCAGCCGUACCCCACAACCUCUCCUGCCUCAUGAACCUCACAACCAGCAGCCUCAUCUGCCAGUGGGAGCCAGGACCUGAGACCCACCUACCCACCAGCUUCACUCUGAAGAGCUUCAAGAGCCGGGGCAACUGUCAGACCCAAGGGGACGCCAUCCUGGACUGCGUGCCCAAGGACGGGCAGAGCCACUGCUCCAUCCCACGCAGACACCUGCUGUUGUACCAGAAUAUGGGCAUCUGGGUGCAGGCAGAGAACGCGCUGGGGACCAGCAUGUCCCCACAACUGUGCCUUGAUCCCAUGGACGUUGUGAAACUGGAGCCCCCCGUGCUGCGGACCAUGGACCCCAGCCCUGAAGCGGCCCCUCCAGAGGCAGGCUGCCUACAGUUGUGCUGGGAGCCAUGGCAGCCAGGCCUGCACAUAAAUCAGAAGUGUGAGCUGCGCCACAAGCCACAGCGCGGAGAAGCCAGCUGGGCACUGGUGGGCCCCCUGCCCUUGGAGGCCCUUCGGUAUGAGCUCUGCGGGCUCCUCCCAGCCACAGCCUACACCCUGCAGAUACGCUGCAUCCGCUGGCCCCUGCCUGGCCACUGGAGCGACUGGAGCCCCAGCCUGGAGCUGAGAACUACCGAACGGGCCCCCAUUGUCAGACUGGACACAUGGUGGCGGCAGAGGCAGCUGGACCCCAGGACAGUGCAGCUGUUCUGGAAGCCAGUGCCCCUGGAGGAAGACAGUGGACAGAUCCAAGGUUAUGUGGUUUCUUGGAGACCCUCAGGCCAGGCUGGGGCCAUCCUGCCCCUCUGCAACACCACAGAGCUCAGCUGCACCUUCCACCUGCCUUCAGAAGCCCAGGAGGUGGCCCUUGUGGCCUAUAACUCAGCCGGGACCUCUUGUCCCACCCCGGUGGUCUUCUCAGAAAGCAGAGGCCCAGCCCUGACCAGACUCCAUGCCAUGGCCCGAGACCCUCACAGCCUCUGGGUAGGCUGGGAGCCCCCCAGUCCAUGGCCUCAGGGCUAUGUGAUUGAGUGGGGCCUGGGCCCCCCCAGCGUGAGCAAUAGCAACAAGACCUGGAGGAUGGAAGAGAAUGGGAGCGCCACGGGGUUUCUGCUGAAGGAGAACAUCAGGCCCUUUCAGCUCUAUGAGAUCACUGUGACUCCCUUGUACCAGGACACCAUGGGACCCUCCCAGCAUGUCUACGCCUACUCCCAAGAAAUGGCCCCCUCCCAUGCCCCAGAGCUGCAUCUAAAGCACAUUGGCAAGACCUGGGCACAGCUGGAGUGGGUGCCUGAGCCCCCUGAGCUGGGGAAGAGCCCCCUUACCCACUACACCAUCUUCUGGACCAACGCUCAGAACCAGUCCUUCUCCGCCAUCCUGAAUGCCUCCUCCCGUGGCUUUGUCCUCCAUGGCCUGGAGCCCACCAGUCUGUAUCACAUCCACCUCAUGGCUGCCAGCCAGGCCGGAGCCACCAACAGUACAGUCCUCACCCUGAUGACCUUGACCCCAGAGGGGUCGGAGCUACACAUCCUCCUGGGCCUGUUCGGCCUCCUGCUCUUGCUCGCCUGCCUCUGUGGAACUGCCUGGCUCUGCUGCAGCCCCAAGAAGAAUCUCCUCUGGCCAAGUGUCCCAGACCCAGCUCACAGCAGCCUGAGCUCCUGGGUACCCACAAUCAUGGAGGAGGAUGCCUUCCAGCUGCCCGGCCUCGGCACGCCACGCAUCACCAAGCUCACAGUGCUGGAGGAGGACGAGAAGAAGCCGGUGCCCUGGGAGUCCCAUAACAGCUCAGAGACCUGUGGCCUCCCCACUCUGGUCCAGACCUAUGUGCUCCAGGGGGACCCAAGAGCAGCUUCCACCCAGCCCCAAUCCCAGUCUGGCACCAGCGAUCAGGUCCUUUACGGGCAGCUGCUGGGCAGCCCCACAAGUCCAGGGCCAGGGCACUAUCUCCGCUGUGACUCCACUCAGCCCCUCUUGGCGGGCCUCACCCCCAGCCCCAAGUCCUAUGAGAACCUCUGGUUCCAGGCCAGCCCCUUGAGGACCCUGGUAACCCCAGCCCCAAGCCAGGAGGACGACUGUGUCUUUGGGCCACUGCUCGACUUCCCCCUCCUGCAGGGGAUCCGGGUCCAUGGGAUGGAGGGCCUGGGGAGCUUCUAGGGCUUCCUGGGGUUCCCUUCUUGGGCCUGCCUCUUAAAGGCCUGAGCUAGCUGGAGGAGAGGGGAGGGUCCACAAGCCCAUGACUAAAAACUACCUCAGCCCAGGCUCUCACCAUCUCCAGUCACCAGCAUCCCCCUCUCCUCUCAAUCUCCAUAGGCUGGGCCUCCCAGGCGAUCUGCAUACUUUAAGGACCAGAUCAUGCUCCAUCCAGCCCCACCCAAUGGCCUUUUGUGCUUGUUUCCUAUAACUUCAGUAUUGUAAACUAGUUUUUGGUUUGCAGUUUUUGUUGUUGUUUAUAGACACUCUUGGGUGUA